AUGCCUGCACCGUAUGAUACCCCUGUGAAAGAUUCGUACGUAAGUGGAAAGCAAACACCAACAUCUGCAUCGUAUGAAGCCCUUGUGAAAGGUCCAUACUGGAAAGCAAACAGCAACAUCUGCACCGUACAAGCCCCUGUGAAAGAUCCGUACGUAAGCGGAAAGGAAAAAUCAACAUCUGCACCGUAUCAAGCCCCUGUGAAGGAUUCAUACGUAGGUGGAAAGCAAACACCAACAUCUGCACCGUAUGAAGCCCUUGUGAAAGGUCCAUACAUAAGUGGAAAGCAAACAAAAAUAUCUGCACCGUAUGAAUACCCUGUGAAAGAUUCGUACAUAAGUGGAAAGCAAAAACCAACAUCUGCACCGUAUGAAAACCCUGUGAAAGAUCCGUACGUAAGUGGAAAGGAAAAAACAUCAUCUGCAACGUAUGAAGCCCCUGUGAAAGAUCCAUACGUAAGUGGAAAGCAAACACCAACAUCUGCACCGUAUGAAGCUCCUGUGAAAGAUUCGUACAUAAAUGGAAAGCAAACACCAAUAUCUGCAGUAGCUCCUGUGAAAGAUUCAUACGUAAGUGGAAAGCAAACAGCAACAUCUGCACCGUAUGAAGCCCCUGUGAAAGAUUCGUACGUAAGUGGAAAGCAAACAGCAACAUCUGCACCGUAUGAAGUUCCUGUGAAAGAUUCGUACGUAAGUGGAAACCAAACACAAACAUCUGCACCGUAUAAAUCUCCUGUGAAAGAACCGUACGUAAAUGGAAAGGAAACACCAUCAUCUGAUACGUCUGAAUCCCCCGUGAAUGAUCCGUACGUAAUUGAAAAGGAACAACCAUCAUCUACACCGUAUGAAGCCCCUGCGAAAGAUUCGUACUUAAGUGGAAAGCAAACAGAAAGAUCUGCCCCAAAUGAAGCCGCUGUAAAAGAUUUGUACGUAGGUGGAAAGCAAACACAAACAUCUGCACCAUAUGAAGCUCCUGUGAACGAUUCGUACGUAAGUGGAAUGCAAACACCAUCAGCUGAUACGUAUGAAGCCCCUAUGAAAGACCCCUACGUAAGUGAACAUGCAUUUCUAUCAUUUGCACCGUAUGAAUCCCAUGCAAAAGAUCCGUACGUAAGUGGAAAGCUAAUAGCAACAUCUACACCGUAUGAAGCCCCUGUAAAAGAUCCGUACGUAAAUGGAAAGAAAAAAACAACAUCUGCACCGUAUCAGGCCCCUGUGAAGGAUUCAUACGUCAGUGGAAAGCAAACAGCAAUGCCUGCACCGUAUGAUACCCCUGUGAAAGAUUCGUACGAUAGUGGAAAGCAAACACCAACAUCUGCAUCGUAUGAAGCCCUUGUGAAAGGUCCUCACGUAAAUGGAAAGCAAACACAAACAUCAGCACCAUAUGAAUCCCCUGUGAAAGAUUCGUACGUAAGUGGAAAGCAAACAGCAACAUCUGCACCGUAUGAAGCCCCUGUGAAAGAUCCGUACGUAAGUGGAAAGGAAAAAUCAACAUCUGCACCGUAUCAAGCCCCUGUGAAGGAUUCAUUCGUAGGUGGAAAGCAAACUCCAACAUCUGCACCGUAUGAAGCCCUUGUGAAAGGUCCAUACGUAAGUGGAAAGCAAACAAAAAUAUCUGCACCGUAUGAAUACCCUGUGAAAGAUUCGUACGUAAGUGGAAAGCAAAAACCAACAUCUGCACCGUUUGAAAACCCUGUGAAAGAUCCGUACGUAAGCGGAAAGGAAAAGAUAUCUUCUGCAACGUAUGAAGCCCCUGUGAAAGAUCCAUACGUAAGUGGAAAGCAAACACCAACAUCUGCACCGUAUGAAGCUCCUGUGAAAGAUUCGUACAUAAAUGGAAAGCAAACACCAAUAUCUGCAGUAGCUCCUGUGAAAGAUUCAUACGUAAGUGGAAAGCAAGCACAAACAUCUGCAGCGUAUGAAGCUCCUGUGAAAGAUUUGUACGUAAGUGGAAAGCAUGCACAAACAUCUGCACCGUAUGAAGCUACUAUGAAAGCUUUUUACGUAAGUGGAAAGCAAACACAAAUAUCUGCAUCGUAUGAAGCUCCUGUGAAAGAUUCGUACGUAAGUGGAAAGCAAACACCAACAUCUGCACCGUAUGAAGCUCCUGUGAAAGAUUCGUACGUAAGUGGAAAGCAAACACCAACAUCUGCACCGUAUGAAGUUCCUGUGAAAGAUUCGUACGUAAGUGGAAAGCAAACACAAACAUCUGCACCGUAUAAAUCUCCUGUGAAAGAACCGUACGUAAGUGGAAAGGAAACACCAUCAUCUGAUACGUAUGAAGCCCCCGUGAAUGAUCCGUACGUAAUUGAAAAGGAAGAACCAUCAUCUACACCGUAUGAAGCCCCUGUAGUAGAAUCGUACGUAAGUGGAAAGGAAACACAAACAUCUGCACCGUAUGAAAACCCUGUGAAAGAUUCGAAUGUAAGUGGAAAUCAAACACUAACAUCAGCACCGUUUGAAAUCCCUGUGAAAGAUCCGUACUUAAGUGGAAAGGAAACACAAUCAUCUCCACCGUAUGAAGCCUCUUUAAAAGAUCCGUACGUAAUUGGAAAACAAACACCAACACCUGCACCGUAUGAAGCUCCUGUGAAAGAUUCAUACGUAAUAUAUGUAAGUGGAAAGCAAACACCAACUUCUGCCCCGUAUGAAGCUCCUGUGAAAGAUUCAUACAUAAGUGGAAAGCAAACACAAUCAUCUGCAUCGUAUGAAGCUUCUUUGAAAGAUUCGUACGUAAAUGAAAAACAAACAGCAACGGCUGAAACAUAUGAACCCCGAAAGUCUGCACACUAUGUAAAACUUGUAGUAGAUUCAUAUGUGCAUUCAAAGCAAACAUCCACAUCAGCGCCAAUUAAAGUACAUGUACCUGUGAAAGAUUUGUACUUAAACAGAAAACAAGAAAAGACGAAAGCGCAAUAUGAAGUGCCUUCGAAUGAUUCAUAUGGAAAUGCAAAGCAAGGUACAACAUCUGUGCCAUAUGAAUCAUCUGCGCAUUAUGAAAAGCCUGUAGCAGUUUUAUAUGUUAAUGGAAAGCUAAAGACUACGUCAGAGCCAUAUGAAGUACAUACAACUGAUGAGUACGUAAAUGAAAAACAAACACCCACAUCUAAACCGUAUAAAGUACCUGCGAAAGUUUCAUAUACACAAGCAACGACGUCUGCACCAUAUGAAGCUCCUGCGAAAGAUUCAUAUGUUAACGAAAAACAAAAAAUGACAAAGGCGCCCUAUAAAUCACCAAAGUCUGCACAAUUUGAAAGACCUGUUGCUGAUUCAUACGUACAUUCAAGGGAAAUAUCCACAUCAGCGCCAUAUAAAGUACCUGCGAAAGAUUCAGACAUAAAUGGUAAACAAACAAAGACGAGAACGCAAUAUGAAAUUCCUGCUAAAGAUACAUACAGAAAUGUAAAAGAUAAGCCCACGUAUGCGACGUAUGAAGAUGCUACAAAAAAUUCAUACGUAAAAGCAAAACAAACACCCACAUCUAAAUCAUACGUAAAUGGAAAGGAAACUACCACGGUAGCGCCAUACAGUGUACAUAGCACAAAAUCAUCCGCAAGUGCGGAAGAAGCAUCAACAUAUGCGCCUUUUUUACCUACAUUCGCCCCUAUAACAUAUACGCACGCGCCUUUGAUACAUCCAUCCACCCGUGCGGUAGAUCCAACGCCUUCCUCAACACGUGGAAUCAUUCACGCGACACCACGUAUGCCAGCAAUGUUUUGUAAAACUCAUAACUAUUUUACUUGUAGUAAUGGACAUUGUAUUCCAAAAUCGUGGGUUUGUGAUAGAGAAAAUGACUGCCUAGAUAAUUCUGACGAAAUGACUUGUAGCUAUUGA